CUUCAGGUUCGUAUUGGUCAUACUUAACGUUUAGAGCCAACAUGCCAAAGGACAUUACGUAGCCUACGGGCAAUCCGGCAAUGUGGCCAUUAUCCUGUUUCCGCGGCUUCAAAACAGUCGCUACCAAACCUAAUCCUCACAAAAAGUAUAUAGUAGACUCUCCAAGGAGCUCUGUGGACAGCAAUCCGACCGACUCAGCAGCAGAGUUUCUCCCGCUGUAUGAAGUCGCAAGCCUCACAGAGGAAUGGGCCCGCGCACAGUUCCCUGUGGCCUGCGUAUUAAUGGAGGAGCAGCCUGAAAGCAGCGCGCAACCCAGGCGGCCCACAGUUUUGUGGAGCAAUGGCCUUGGCGCGGUGUUCUGGGAGCGUCUUUUGGACAGGGCAGUGUCUCCAACACUUUUGGACACCAUGGCCAAAAUGACCCUCCAUAAGCUUCCAUCCUCGCAAGUCGUUUCAGUUCCUAGGUCCACCUUUGCAAACCAGCUUCCAACGACUCAUUUACCCCCAACCGAGCUUGCAUCCACAGCCACCAUCCCUGUGCACGUCUCCUCGGUGCGCUUCGCGCCCGAGCAGCCCGGCCCCCUCGUGCCACACGCGCUGCUGCUGGUCUGCCGCUCGCCCUUGCUACCCCGGCGAGGCUCAAGCCGCCGAGGCAUGACCCCAGCCAACAGCAACCACCCGGAUGCGGCACCCUCCCACCGCGUCGCAUUCUCCAUUCCGGAAGCCCCGCCACCCGAGGUCCGCCAGGAGUCCGGGGACACCGCCUACGAGGGAGAUGGCCAUCAGGUGCCGGCAGAGCAGCCACCCGGGAACUGCAGCAACAACAACAGCAACAGCAGCCCCAACAACCUCGCUUCUACGGAUGCGGCGACCCCGGAGGUGGGGGCCUCCCAGCCUCAUCCCUCCCAACCUCAACCUCAGCCCUCGCGGACUCAGCCCUCCCAGCCUCAGGGGGCCGGAGGCCGCAGCCAGCGCGUCAGCCCCCGCAGCCGGCAGCAGAGCGAGGCGGCGCGGCGGCAGCGGGACUCCAUGGUGGCGGCACACCUGCCCGCCGCCAUCACGGUCUUCACGUGGGAGGGGAGGGUGCUGCACCAAAACCCAGCCAGCGUGCAGUACAUGGGAGCCAUGCCCUCGGUGCCCCCCGCGGCAGCAGCAGCAGCAGCAGCAGUGCCGGCAGCGACGAGCAGUCCCGCGGCAUCAGCCAGCAGCACGCUGGGUGCGCUGCGGGGCGCGCUGCUGCGGGGAGGAGCGAGCCUCGGCCUGGGGCAGGCGGUGGGGGCAGUGGGGGCGGCAGGGGAGGAACAGCAAGCAGCGGCUGCUGCUACUGCUGUUACUGCUGCUUCACGCGGCAUGCUGGAUAUCGUGUUCAAAUACGAGAAGGCCAAGCUGACGGCCAUGCUAGAAACUCUACAAGGACAGGCCGCCAUCUGGCAAGGCAUUGUGCGAGUGCCCUCAAGCGCUGAGAUAAGGCAGGACGUUGCGGCUGCCCAGUUGCAAAGCAACACCCUCAACCGCCACCACCAACAACACCCUCACCAACGGCACUCUCGGACUCAUCAGGCGUCCACAGGCACCGUAUUCGGCGGCAUCGCUGCUUCCGGAGAGGUCCCUGCGGGCCCUCAGCCUAGCACGCAUGCGGUGGCCGCAGCAGCAGGCCGCAAGAAGGGCGCCGAGCGCGCAGCCAGCCACGGCCAGAUUCCGAGCCCCCUGCGGUGUCGUGGCCAGGACGCGAACGGCCCCGGCAACGCUGGCGGAUUCCGAGUCAGCUCCGGCAGACGUGCAGCCAGCCUGGGCGCCUCCUUCCGGGCGCCCCUGGGCUGCGCGGCCUCGGCUCCGGAGCGGCAACAGCAACAACAACAACAGCAGCUGCUGAUCCAACAACGUGCAACCAGUAUAGACGUCAGCAGCGCCGCUGCAGGCCUAGGAGCACCUAGGAGCUCGACUGCUGCUGCUGUUGCUGCUGCUGCUGCUGUUGUCACUUCGGCCACGGCUCCUGUUACCACGACCUUCCAAUCACAACCACCACCACCACCACCACCCUCGCGGUCCUCAUCGGUCGCUGCCGCGGCUGCUGCUGCUGCUGCCGCGCAGUGCAAGUUCCUGCAGCGCCCCGCCAGCCAAAACGCGCUCCCAGACCGCAGCUCCGCAAGUCCCCCUCUUGCGGGUCAAGCAGCCGCCCCAGCCGCCUCCUCCUCACACAGCAGAGCUCGCCCCGCCCUGCGGAAGAGUGCUGACGCCGCGGUCGCAUGCCUGCACCCCUCUGCGGCCAGCUUGACGCAGCGCGCGCUGAGCCUGGGUCCCAUCCGCCGCGCCAUGGGGCACCUGCAGGGGCAGCUGCCGCAGCAGCUGCGCGCCCUCACGAGCUUCCUGAUGCCCCCCAGCACCGCACCCGAGUCCGGCAAGAACCACAACCACCACAACCACUCCCACCAUAACCACCACCACAACAACAGCCAGCAGCACGAGCAUCUGCACCAGCAGCAGCAGCAGCCCCUGCAUGCGGAUGCCUCGGAUGCGUUCCUCUGCGCGGGCAGCCCAGGCACGUCGGGGUCGCACCCGUAUUGCGGUCGGAGGUCCAAUGUAACGUGCUCCGCCGGGGAGGCGAGUCCCUAUGUCAUGAGCCCUUUCGGGGUGGCGGCGGCAGCAGCAGCUGCGGCGGCGGCGGCUACGGUGACGGCGACGAGUGGCUAUGAUGGCGAGGCAGAUCCCCUAGCGACGUCCACGUGGGCCGUCCUGGCGGAGCGCAGCACCCGGCUGCGGCGCGGCGAGUCGGGCGUCAGCGGCGUGGGCGCCAUCAGCAGCGCAGUCGCCAGCGUCGUGGGGCGCACCCAGCCGCUGCGGCGACUCAACUCGCACGUCAACAUCAACAACAACAUCAACCCCUCCACAGCGCCCGCCUCGCACCAAGCGGAAGGCAGCGAGAGCGAGGGACGCGAGGGAGACGACAAUCUGGAGGCCAUUGCGCUGGGUCUGGCGCGACGCUGGGGAAGCGCCACGCAACGCUACCCCUCGACGCUCAUGGCGCCGCCGCGUCUGGCCCCACAUACCACUCACUCGCAGCCGCAGCUCCCGUUUGUGCUGAGUGGCGGCGCAUUAGAGGUUGUUGCGGCGCCGGCACCGGGUUCAGGGACCGGCGUGGUUUCGGUAGCGCCAGGUGCGGCGCCCGCUGCGAAGCCUCCUGCGCCGGCACCUCCGCGCAACAGCAGCAGCAGCAACCACGGCACUGCCAAUAACGCACUCGCAGCCGGGCCCUCCUCGACCAACAGCCCCCUCUUGCUGGGCGGAGGCGGGGGGCUGCUGGGCGAGUCGGGGGAGAGUAGUCCGGUCAAUGCGGGCGGGCACAGGCGCAUGGAUACUGGGGUGGUGGGUGUGCCCAGGGUGCUGCUCUUCGCUUCCAGCCUGCGCAGCGCUCCGUUCGCGCCGGGGGGAGGCGGGCCGGGGGGGUACAGCAAACGGCUGUCGUACGAUUUCAGUAAACCCCAGCCGUACGGCGCCGUAGCAACGCCAGGUGCAAGUCCGUUGAUUUCGGGAACAGGAAAUGCAGCUCUGAUGCUUGCAACAGCGCCUGCAGGGGCAGCAGCUGGGGCAGUGCAAGCCGCGGCAGCUGCGUCUGCGGCUGUGGCGGUGCUGGGACCGUCGGUCAGCGCGGCUCAAGUGGAGAUUGUGGAGGAGUCGGAGAAAUCAGCAGAGGACGCAGACCAAGGGAUACCGCGACUGUUAUUGAGCCUCCCGCAAGCAGUGGCAGAUGCGCGCGCAGGAUCAGCAACAGCAGCAACUGCUGCUAAUGCUGCUGCUGCUGUUACGGCCCCUGCAAUUCUGGCAGCAGCCCUGCCGCGCGCCUCCUCUUCCAGCCGUUUUCCUCAUCCGCAUCCUCAUCAUCAUCACCUCCACAGCAACCCGAGCCCAUCACAAGCAACCGGAGCAGCAGGCAGCGAUGCAGCCGCCGCCGCCGCAUACACUGGGCCCGCUUUGCUGCCACCGCCGUCAGCAUCUGCUGCAGCUUCUGCUGCUGCAACGUCCUCAGGUCCCACCACCCAUACGACAACAUCGUCAUCACCCCGCGCUAGCAACAGGGAUUCCCCGAGCAGCAACCAGGAAGAAGGCAGCAGUCGGACCCAGGAACAGCAACCACCUCCGCCGGCGCCGCUGUCGCGCCGUCUUCGUCCUUCUCCUCCUCCUUCUCCUCCCACUUCGAAACCACCGAGCAGCCAGCAACACCAGGAACAGCAACAGCAGCAGUCGCUGCAACGGCAGGCACCAUCACAGCAGCACCAGCCGCCCCUGUCGCCCCCACAACACCAGCAGAACCCGCACAUGCAGCAGCAGCAGGCCGGGAGCGGCGAGGUGGGGCCGCCGCAGACCCAGGCUGCGGACAGCCCGGGGGUGGUGGCGGAGGUGUGGCACCAAGUGGCUGCUGUGACGGCGGUGGACCCGGUCAGCGGGGCGCUGGUGCUGGUUAUCACACAGGUGGACGUGACGGCCAAGGUGCGCGCGGAGCGGCACCUGGCCCAUGUCAUGUGCGCGGAGAGGCGGCUGCUGAUGCAGCUCUUUCCGCGCCACGUAUUAAACCACAUCGUGGAGUCCAACCCGCUGCUCCGCUCCAGCGCCUGCCUGGAGGGGCCAGGGGGCGGCAGCAGCAGCAGCGGCAGGCCCCAGCAGCAACAGCAGCAGCAGCAACACCCCCCGCAGGACUGGCAGGACGGGGGCGGCUGGCGGCCGGCGCUGCAUGACGCUGACAAGCUGGCGACCAUGCACCCGCAAGCCACCGUGUUGUUCGCGGAUGUGGCGGGGUUUGACGACAUCUGCCGGGAGCUGCCACCGCAGCGGGUGCUGGCGUUCCUGAACGACCUGUUUGCCAAGUUUGAUGACUCUAUUGAGCCGUUCGGGGUUCACAAGAUGGAGACCAUCGGCGGGCUGUUUAUCGUGGCGGGUGGGCUGCUGCGGCAGGAGGCGGACGGGGCGGUGGCGGUGCGGGAGCGGUGGGACCCGCUGCACGCGGAGAAGGUCUUCAUGUUCGCAAAGGCGAUGCUGAACGUGGCUGCGCGGACCAAGAUGCCCAACACGGACGAGCCCGUGAAGCUGCGGAUAGGCAUCCACACCGGUCCCGUCGUGAGCGGCAUUGUGGGGCUGCGGGUUCCGCGUUUCGUGCUGUUCGGCGACACCGUCAACACGGCCAGCCGCAUGCAGACCAGCUGCACCCCAGGCACGCUGCAUGUGUCGGACGACACACGGCGGCUGCUGCGGCAUGAGUGCUGGACCCCCACGGGGGGCGUGCAGAUCAAGGGGAAAGGCUUGCUUCACACGUACGUGUGGAGUCCCGAGGACCCCAUCCACUUCCUGGUUCCCCCGCCCGGCGCCUCCUCCACCACCACCACCGGAUCAACCCGUUCCGCUCUCACCCUGACCAACAUCUUCUUCGCAAGUGGGGUCCACAACCACCACCACCACAACCACCAUAACCAUAACCACCACCAAGUAUCGGCAACCGGAAUGCUAACCAACGGAGCAGCAGCAGCAGGAGGAGGAGGAGUUUCAGGAGGGCGGCCGCUUUGGGCAAUCAACCAUAGGGCCUCUGUGGACAUGUCACCGCCCAGUCACCAUCAGUUGUACGACACAUUCAAC